AUGAAACGUAUCUCCCUCUUACACAGACACCUCCAAUGGAGAAAUCUCACCGUAACUGCCCUUCAACGGACUCCUGAAAUUGAUCGUACUAUAGCUUCGAUUCAGUCCAUAUCUUCAAACCCAUGUUUUUCUCUUCUGGGUAUCUGCAAAACCGUAUCGUCUCUCAGGAAAAUCCACGCUUUGCUCGUCGUCCACGGCCUGUCGGAGGACCUUUUAUGCGAAACCAAAUUGGUUAGCUUGUAUGGUUCGUUUGGCCACGUUGAGUGUGCCCGAUUAAUGUUUGAUAGAAUUCGCAACCCGGAUCUUUAUUCGUGGAAGGUGAUGAUCAGAUGGUAUUUUUUGAACGAUUCGUAUUCGGAGAUUGUUCAGUUUUACAACACCCGUUUGAGGAAAUGCCUCAACGAGUAUGACAAUGUUGUUUUUUCGAUUGUGUUGAAGGCGUGCAGUGAAUUGCGUGAGACUGAUGAAGGGAGGAAACUGCAUUGCCAGAUUGUUAAGGUGGGGAGUCCUGAUAGUUUUGUGUUGACGGGUCUUGUGGAUAUGUAUGCUAAAUGUAGAGAGGUCGAGGAUUCACGUCGAGUGUUUGAUGAAAUUCUUGAUAGAAAUGUGGUGUGUUGGACUUCCAUGAUUGUGGGGUAUGUACAGAAUGAUUGCUUGAAAGAAGGGUUGGUGUUGUUUAAUAGGAUGAGGGAGGGGCUGGUGGAAGGUAACCAAUAUACUUUGGGGAGCUUAGUCACAGCCUGUACCAAGUUGGGAGCUUUACAUCAGGGAAAGUGGGUUCAUGGGUAUGUGAUUAAGAGUGGUUUUGAUCUCAAUUCUUUCUUGGUAACACCUCUUCUAGACUUGUAUUUCAAGUGUGGGGACAUUAGAGAUGCUUUUUCUGUAUUUGAUGAGCUUUCUACUAUUGAUCUAGUUUCAUGGACAGCCAUGAUUGUUGGGUAUGCUCAGAGGGGCUACCCCCGAGAGGCUUUGAAGCUUUUUACAGAUGAAAGAUGGAAAGAUCUCUUGCCAAAUACUGUUACCACUUCGAGUGUGCUUUCUGCAUGUGCACAAACUGGGUCUUUGAAUAUGGGUAGAUCAGUUCAUUGUCUUGGGAUAAAACUUGGAUCGGAAGAUGCAACUUUUGAAAAUGCUCUUGUGGACAUGUAUGCAAAAUGCCACAUGAUUGGAGAUGCUCGGUAUGUAUUCGAAACAGUUUUUGAUAAGGAUGUAAUUGCUUGGAAUUCAAUCAUUUCAGGGUACACUCAAAAUGGGUAUGCAUAUGAAGCCCUUGAACUUUUUGAUCAAAUGAGAUCAGACUCUGUCUACCCAGAUGCAAUCACACUGGUCAGCGUCCUCUCAGCCUGUGCUUCUGUUGGUGCUUACAGAGUGGGUUCUUCUCUUCAUGGAUACGCUAUAAAGGCUGGCCUAUUAUCAGGCAGUGUCUAUGUUGGCACUGCACUUCUAAACUUCUACGCCAAAUGUGGAGAUGCAGAGUCUGCUCGAGUAAUUUUUGAUGAGAUGGGAGAGAAGAACACGAUCACAUGGAGUGCAAUGAUUGGCGGUUAUGGAAUUCAAGGGGAUUGUAGCAGGUCCCUUGAACUUUUUGGUGAUAUGCUGAAGGAAAAGUUGGAGCCCAAUGAAGUAAUCUUCACCACUAUAUUAUCGGCUUGUAGCCAUUCAGGGAUGCUUGGAGAAGGGUGGAGGUAUUUCAAUACAAUGUGUCAGGUCUAUAACUUUGUGCCUUCCAUGAAGCAUUAUGCAUGUAUGGUUGAUCUCUUGGCUCGUGCAGGAAGGCUUGAAGAAGCCUUGGAUUUCAUUGAGAAAAUCCCAAUUCAACCGGAUGUUAGUUUGUUGGGAGCUUUUCUCCAUGGAUGCAGACUCCACUCGAGGUUUGAUCUUGGAGAGGUGGCAGUUAGGAGGAUGCUAGAGUUGCACCCUGAUAAAGCUUGUUACUAUGUUCUCAUGUCAAAUUUGUAUGCAUCAGAAGGAAGAUGGAGCCAGGCUAAUCAGGUGAUGGAGUUGAUGAAACAAAGAGGAUUAGCAAAAUUACCUGGGUGGAGCCUAGUGGAUAUUGAGACCAGUAAUGAUUUUUCUCCAUUGAUAGUGGCAUCUCAUCCUUAGUUAUGCACUUCACCGCGCAUGAAUUCUGGAGUCCAGGAGUCAGGGUAUCUCUUAACCUAUUCGAUAUGGAUCUUGGUAAAUGAUUUUUCUCCACAGGAAGUAACAUCUCUUGCCCCAUCCUAUUCCUCAUCAUGCAUGAAUUCUGGAGUCAGUGAGGUACUUAGAGAACACUCAAUCAAAUACUUUUCUGGGUCUGGCUAUGUAUGAACUUGUGUUGGACUGGUCCUGAGGUCCUGUUGAAACGGUUUGAGCAUAGCUGGGAGAAUGUGGUUUGAAUUGCUCUGGAUUUUUUAAUGGCAGAGUUGCAGUAAAAUUUUGAUGUGAAGAUUCCUGGCAGCAAACUCACUGAAUCAUCUUCCUGAAUAUAACGGUUUGAAGUUCUCAUGCAUCUUCAAACCUGACUACGAUGAAGAACCAUGGUGUAUCAUUGCAGUGCAAGAGGGAAGCUUUCAAUACAAGGUUACCGACUCCAAAUCCCUUUGGAUCACGAGUGAUAUCUUCUUUAAUACAAUGUUCAUGAGAUUAGCCCACUAGGUUUUCUGUCCUGGUGGUUUUGCUGGUGUAAAAUGACCUAUCACCAAUAAUCAUUACAAGAGCAACUCCCAUUCCUGAAACAA